AUCCCGGGCAGCUGCCUGGGAGCCUGGGAGCCUUCCCCCGCCGCUCCUCGCCUCUCCGCCUCGCCUCGGCACCGCGGCCGAGCCGGCCCCGCGUGUGUGCGCGCGUGGGCGGGGGGGCUGCCGCAUGGAUUUGGCGAGGGCUGGCAGGGAACACAUGGGUUGGGGUGCUGCGGCUGGCCCGCGGUGGCUGUCCGUCCGUCCCGCCGGCCGCGCUCAUGGACGCGAUCAUCCUGCAGGAGCGGCUGGUGGAGCGGCUGCUGUCGCCGCGGCCGCAGGCACCGCGGAGCCACCCGGGCCGGCUGAAGGACCAUGAGAAGCAGUACGUGGGCUUUGCCACUCUGCCCAACCAGGUCCACCGGAAAUCCGUGAAGAAGGGUUUCGACUUCACCCUGAUGGUUGCAGGAGAGUCGGGUCUGGGCAAAUCCACGCUGGUGAAUAGCCUGUUCCUGACAGACCUCUACAAAGACAGAAAGCUCCUCAAUGCAGAGGAGAGAAUCAAUCAAACAGUGGAGAUCGUCAAGCACACGGUGGACAUUGAGGAGAAGGGUGUAAAACUGAAGCUGACCAUAGUGGACACGCCAGGCUUUGGAGAUGCUGUUAACAACACUGAGUGCUGGAAGCCCAUCACUGACUACAUUGACCAGCAGUUUGAGCAGUAUUUCCGUGAUGAGAGUGGCCUGAACCGGAAGAACAUCCAGGACAACCGCGUGCACUGCUGCCUCUACUUCAUCUCUCCCUUCGGGCACGGGCUGAGGCCUGUGGAUGUUGAAUUCAUGAAGGCUCUGCAUGAGAAGGUCAACAUUGUGCCCCUGAUUGCCAAAGCUGACUGCCUGAUCCCCUCCGAGAUCCGGAAGCUAAAGGAGAGGAUCCGGGAGGAGAUUGACAAAUUUGGCAUUAAAGUGUACCAGUUUCCUGAGUGUGACUCCGAUGAAGAUGAAGAGUUCAAGCAGCAAGACAGAGAGCUGAAGGAGAGCGCUCCCUUCGCCGUCAUCGGCAGCAACACCGUGGUGGAGGCCAAGGGCCAGCGAGUCCGGGGACGGCUCUACCCCUGGGGCAUUGUGGAAGUGGAGAACCAGGCUCACUGCGACUUCGUGAAGCUGCGGAACAUGCUGAUCCGGACACACAUGCACGACCUGAAGGACGUCACCUGCGACGUCCACUACGAGAACUAUCGAGCUCAGUGCAUCCAGCAGAUGACCAGCAAGCUGACCCAGGACAACAGGAUAGAGAGCCCCAUUCCUAUCCUGCCUCUGCCAACACCAGACACUGAGACAGAGAAGCUGAUCAAGAUGAAGGAUGAGGAGUUACGGCGGAUGCAAGAGAUGCUGCAGAAGAUGCAGCAGCAGAUGCAGGAUCAGUGAGAGGCAGGUACCUGGAGGGCAGAGGGAAUCCCCCAGUGACCACAAGACCUGGCAAGAGCUGUGAACGUUUAGAAAAGGUUUCCUGUUGUAUAGAGACUCGUGGGCAAGAGCUGCACCCGCACCCUCUAAUUUAUUAGCAGCAAUGUUGGCUUUUCGGCCACCUGGAUUGUGGAGGAGGCUGUUCACUUAACAGUUUACUGAAGUGUAUUUCUUUCUUAAUAUUCUUUUUUUUUCUUUUUUUUCUUUUUUUUUUUUAAAGAAACUAGCCUGGUAAGUCUCUAAGGCAUCCUAAAAAAAAAAAAAGAAAAAGAUCCUCCUUUCCCAUGUACUAAUCUCUUGUUUAGGAAUGCUCUGGUAUUUAAAGUCCUGGUUUCUCUGGUGUACAAACUUAAAGACUCUCUGUGUCAAUGCACGUAAAUGUUUACUCCCAAGUGAGGUGCUGUGCCCCUAUCCCUGUUGCCCUUGUCUGGGGCCAGCACUGUAAAGGCAGCUGGACCCUCCUGUGAGUGUGACCUGCUCAGGUGUCUCAGCCUGGGGACAGCUUUGGCCACAGAGCUGGGCUGGGGGUUCCUCUGUGCCCUGACCUGCUCAGGAGUACUGAUGGUUGCCUGGUUUCCUGUCUAGGUUUUUAUGGGUUUUUUGUUUAGUUGGUUGGUUUUGUUCUUCCUAUCAAGAAGCUCCAGGAUAUUUGCACUGAACAGCAAGGGACUGAGUCUCUCAAGGCUGGUUAGAAGAAAACGCUUCUCUGACUCUCAGUUAUAUCUUUCUGGCAGAGAGGAUGAGUUGUUUAUUCCCUGCAAGGACUUGAUGGGAGUGAGCACCUUCACUGCCAUGGUUUCCUUCCUUGGCAGGCUGGAGGUGUUGGUAGAUGAACCCCAGGGCCCUGCAGUAGCUGGGUGAGGGUAUCUCUUGGUUUAGCUCUGGUCAUCCAGCUGCAGUGUGUCUUCAGUGUCUGCUCUGAAAAGCACUGUGGCAGCCAGAGUGCUUGGCCAGGACUGCUUUGGAGUAGAAACUCUAGGGCUGAAACCCAACCCCAAAUGCAGACCUGUGUCCUGUCCCCAGGCUUUGCAGAGCACACUACUGGCUCUGAGCUUCUCCUGGGGGAAGGGGCAGUUUUUGUAGGCUUGUACUUGAGAUCUGCAGGCUGCCUGUCCAGGCAGGUGUUCCAUCAGUGUGGCAGGAGUAGGAUUGUCACUACCUGGGGCUCAGCACAGCCCACCAGACUUGGCACUUGCUCCCCUGCCCUUCCCCUGGGACUCAGCCCUUCUCCCCCUCCCUAGUCCAGGGCUCUUCCUGUCUUAAUGCUGGGAAGGCUGGUGGAUCUGCUGGGCAGAGAUAAGAGCACUCUUUGAGCAGCAGCUCCUGUCUUGUUCUUGCUUCCUGCAGUAUUUUUAACUCUAGUCCAGCCAGAGCAGAGCCCUGGAGUGUGAUGUGCCUGACAGGGCAGGGCUCAGCAGCAACACUGCCACGCUCACAGGAAUCAGGGCUGCUGAGGAGACACUUGGCUCUUCUCUCUGACUCCAGGGAGUGCUCCCAUGGGCUGGACCCUUCUGCUCCUUGGCUGAUUCCUCUCUCCCCUUUCCCCUUUUGUAUCUGCUCCUCCAUCUCUGGAUCUCCCCAGUAGAUCUCCCUGGGUAGGAAGCACAGUGUUGGCCAGGAAUAGCCAGGCCCUAAAUUCUGUUCUUAGGCACUUCAUUUGUCUGAUUCCUCCAUGGGGCUUUAAAGUCCUGGUCAGGGCUUGUCGAGGUGGUGAGUAGGUUGGCUGGUUCCAGUUAUUCACUGUACAGAGCCUCUGCUUAGCCAUGGGCUGUAGGGGCAGGGGACAGACCCUGGCACCCUGUGGAAGGACAGAGUGAGGGUGGAAGCCCUUUGGCAGAACUGUGCAACCUGGGCAAGAGCAGUGUCUAACAAUGUUGUUUUUUUUCAUUCUCCCCUAUUUUGGGCUCAAAAGUGGCAGUGCCAGCCUAGGAGAGCAGAAGGAUUCAGCUUGGCUUCAAUAACAUGCAGGACCAAGGUGCCUAAGGAGUUCUUUGUGCAGUGUGCUUACUUGAGCAGUGGAGUGGCUGGAAACCUUCCUCCAGCUUUUCUGGAGCUGGUUUGCUUCCAGCCAAAGCUGCAGGUCUGCUGAGUUCUCAGCUUUCUGUGCUAGUGUAACAGGGAACACCUUGAAGUACCUGUCCCCUCUUUUCUUGCACUAGUCUUGUUAGUGAGGAGGAUGUUCUGUUGCAAAUGAGCCCUGUCCAGCUGGAGAUGUUCCUCCUUCAAACAGAUUUAUUCCUAGAAGAUAAAGGAGACUUUUUCCCUUUAUCAAGGACAUAGAGCAGCUGCCAGCUCUUAUAGGCUGUGCACAGAGGUGCUGUGUGCUGGUGAGAGCACAGGUACACUGGUCACAGGCAGGCAGGGUUGCUGAGGGUGGAUCUCCCCCUGUCCCUCUGGGUGAGGAAGUCUCCAUCAGCUCAGUGCACGUGGCUCCUACAUCAAGUUGAUAGUCACAAGUCUGUCCUCUACAGAGAGCUGAAGUCUUUGGCUACCAGCUGGCAAAGAUGGUUCAAGUUGCAUUUAGGAAAAAGCACACAGGAGUGAGGCACCAGAGAUGGCUUCUACAGAGGGGCAGCAGUACCACUGACAUCACAUCUCCGUGUGGGAGGCUCCCUACAGAGGGCCAGAGUUUGAGGGCUGCUUGGAAAGGGAUUAGAGACUGAUUUUGGGGGGCACCAGGGAGGUGCCUGGAAGGUGGCAUCUGUUUAUGAAAGGAGUACUGUGGCAUCAAGUCACCCAGUAAGCAGAGAAGAGACUCCUGAACACGUGUGGUUUGGCCGUUCGGCUCUGGCAGCGAGAAGUGUGGAUAGGAAAGUAAUUUAACACCUCCCCUCACGCAACCCUCCCCAGCCCCAGUGCGAUCCCUGCUCCCCAGGCACAUUCCCGUGCCUCUGCCCAGCUCUGUCCUGCUGUGUGGGGGCUGCAGGGGUGGUGUCCCACUCUCGGGUGCCCCAGGCUGCAGUGGGCUCUGGGUCCCCCUCAGCCCUGUGCCUGCCUGGGGAUGGAGCCAGGGCAUGACGUCCUCGUGUGCUGUGCUGGUCCUGUGCAGUCCCUGCAGCCUCCUGCAUGCUCCUCUCCAGGGAGGGAUCCCCCUCCUCGUGCUCUGCAGUGGCAUUCCCUGCUCUUCCUCACAGACUCUGCUGUGCUGUAACGCUGGCUUGCUCCUGCCACACACCUUCCUCACCCCCUGCUCCAUUCCUAGGCUCUUUGUUUCCUGUCCAUCUCUUGGGUUAUUAUAAUUAUAUUUUUUUGUAAAUUUCUGUUUGAACAUUUUGUCAUUGUGAACAAAGAAAAAUGAAACCUUUUAAAACGUAUCCAUUUUAUUAAAUGAUUAUUGUUAUUAUUAUUAAUGUUUACUACCUGAAUUGAUCAGUGAAAUAAAUACAUUCAAAAACCCAACCUCUUUCUGUUUAAUUUUCAGCCCUCUUCAGCAGCAUUGGUGAUGCAUUGUGGGCAGGAGAGAGUAAAACUCACCCUGUUUCUCCUUUUAUCUAAUUCUGUCAGAACAGGCUCCAGGCAGGACUUCCUGCAUGGGAUUUCUGGCCUGGUUGUGCCAGAAGCUAGCAAGCUGAUCUUGAAGUUCUUCUGUCUUCAGGCUUCCCUUAGGAGUGGUGUCUAACUCAGCACUGGGCAGCUGGGCAGGAUCCAGUCCAGGCACUGCAGUUUGUAAGUAGCCAGAGGAGCGUUGCCAGGUCUGUGCUGCCUGCAGAGCACAGUGGGCCUGGCUCUGGGUCAGCUCUGAACGCCUGCCUGGGAAUAAACGGAGCACCAAAGGCACGAGACGAGGUAGGUCUGCUGAGCAAACCCAACCUGCAGUAGUUGAGCUGCUCCCGAGUGGAGAGAGUGCCCUGCAGGAAAAACUGGGUUGGUUUGUUAGCCUAAGAUCUCUUUCCCACUCUGCCUGCCCACCAUAGUGGAGUGAUCUGCCCCAACUUCAUAGAAAUUUAAAGCUUAAUUGUUUUCUUUAGAGCAUCAAAAAUUUUCCCUAGGGCCAAAUCCUGCCAUUAUUUUCACCCUCAGUUCUCCUCAGCAUGACCACAUUCAGGGCAUUCAUCAUUUCUACUCUGUGUGAUGUGCACAGGACAAGGUAGCAGAGUUGUGCUCGGUGGGGCAACAGUUUCACAACAUAAUUCUGGUGGCCUUAGCCUGAGGAGCACAGUGAAUGCCUGGUCAGGCUGGGGGCACAAAAUUGUCUGUGAAGGUGUGAUGGCCAUGAGAACAGAUUCUACCUAAAUGUAUUUCGACCCUUGGACUUACCUGUUCGAGUAUUUGUGUAAUGCAGCUUCUGAAUAAAGCACGUGGUCAGUCUUUCUCAUUUCUAUCAGCAGAUCUUUCACUACUAAGUAGGAGUAGAUUUGUGUCCCUGUUUAAGGGAAACCCGAGGGUCAGCACCUGGAAAAGUGCUAGUUCUCACCCCUCUGCCAAGUGCAGCUUUCCUGAUGAGAUGGGAAACCAAAGGCCACAGUGCUCAGGGAGUGUGGUACAAACCAGUAAUGCCACCUUGCAGCUGAGGUGCAUUUUGAGUUGCUGUGCCAUGAGACUGUGCAGUGUGUGUGCCAGGCCCAGAAUCACAGUUAUCGGUACCGUCAGCAUCCCAGCAAACAUGUUCUCGUGGGCAGUGCCAGCUCCUGUGCUGGGGAAGACUUGCUCAGUGCAGCAUCAGCUUCCCUGACAUGCAGCAGACGUGGGGGAGGCCUCGUGUGGGAGGUCCCGGGGCUGAGCCGGACCCUUAUCUUGCCAGCCAGCUGGGAGGGCAUUAUCCGGGAUCAGCUCUGCAGGGCACACUCUGCACUGGCUGGGCUGCCUGAAGACCUUCCUCUGGUCCUGUAAAGCCAGCGAGAAAGCAAGGAUUGUACUACUCUGGUAAGUCAACAGUUACCUUCUGUUCUUUUUUUCUCUUUGGUUGACAGCACAGGGAAGCACUGCUUUGUUGCAGGUAUGUGUAGUUGUUCUCCUGGAGAAUUAUAGCAGCUCAUGUGCUCAGCAGUGGCACGAGGCUGUAAUGUAAAGACACCUCAUUGACCCAUGUCUUGCAGCACAGUCACAGCUCCAGAAGGAGAUUAUUCACCUGCUGGAGCAAAACUACCAUGGAAAACUCCACUGACCUCCACCCUCAGUGAUCAGUACCCUUUCUGUGGCCAAGGACUGUUUAUCACUUCUUUCCAAAGCUGGAAAGGCUAUUUUUCGCUUGUGGUAACAGUAAAUUUAUUUCUGAAUCUCCUCUUACAGUUUGCAUGAACAAAGCUUUGCUUACAGGUAAUUCAGAGCUAUGAUAAGGCAUGAGCUGUUUCAUAUUUUAGUUUUUGAUUCCUUGACGGAAAUUUUAUUGGCUACUCUAGUAAUUCACCUCCACUAAUGCUGAAAAUAGAAGCAGCUCUUGUACACUUUGGAGGACUAGUGAAAAUGUAUUUGAUGGCUGCAGCUAAGCCUCCCAGUAGCUAUGUGUUCAUAUCCCUCCUCAAAUACAGGGUUGGAAGACCAGGAACAUUCUCUCUCCUGUAAAGAGAGACCAAGAUUUUGCACAUCUCUUUUAAUUUUGUUCUUUUCAGAGCUCUUGCACCUGUGAAGGACACCAAAUUCACUCAACUUUAGGAACUCAUCCUCAGAACAAACCAACAAAAGACCUGGGGCUGCGGUGUCAGUCCUGGAGUGUGUGGUGUCUACUUGCCUGGUCUUCACCUCAUUCAGUCUCACCAGGGAAGUGUUUGCAGGUGAAGAUGAACAGGGAAAUUCUCUUCUUGUCCCUGCUUGGCUUCCUCCCGCUCGUGAUACCCACCUGCCCUGUGCCCUGCAAGUGUACCAGCACCAUUAUUGACUGCACCUCGAAAGACCUCACUGUAGCAAACCUGCCCAUUGCCUUCCGUCCUUCAGCUGAAAUUAUCCACCUCGGUUACAACAGGCUCACCUCUAUUCCCAAUGGGCUCUUUGACAACCUGAGGAGCCUGCAG